GAGGCGGUGUUAGAGAAUCGGGGGGCCGCGAGGCCCCCGGGAUGGAGGCGGCGGCGGCCCUGGGCCUGCGUCGCGGGCGGCGGCGGCGGCUGAGGUGGCUGAUCUGAUAAGCAUUCCAGGGUGGAGGAAAAGUGACAGGUUUGACUUUGCCAGGAUUAUAGUGAAAAAUAGCUUGCCUAAAGAGAUGAGGCUGUCAGAUUGGCACCACUCAGCUACAGCUGCAAUACUCCUUUCGCAGUCACCACGCCGCCCUUCCCUGUGCCGAGUGGGAUUUUCAAUGGCUGCAAGAAGAGUUUGCUGUUCCUUCCUUCACUCGUGAUGCCUGUCUCCGUGGAUAUGCACUAUUCCUGCAAUACCCUUCUGGGAGAGAAGAAUGUGCAGCAGCUGGGAGGUGAGUGUUGUGCCUGCUGAACCCCCUCAGACCCACUAGCCAUGCCAGGGAUUGUCGUGUUUCGCCGCCGCUGGUCUGUAGGCAGCGAUGACCUGGUUUUGCCAGCAGUCUUCCUCUUCCUCCUGCACACCACCUGGUUUGUGAUCCUCUCUGUGGUGCUCUUUGGGCUGGUGUACAACCCCAACGAGGCCUGCUCGCUCAACCUGGUGGACCACGGCAGAGGCUACCUGGGCAUCCUGCUCAGCUGUAUGAUCGCAGAGGUGGCAAUCAUCUGGCUCAGCAUGAGAGGCAGUAUCCUGUACACAGAGCCCCGGGACUCCAUGCAGUAUGUGCUCUAUGUCAGACUGGCUAUCCUGCUGAUUGAGUUUGUGUAUGCUAUCGUGGGCAUCGUUUGGCUAACGCAGUACUACACUUCCUGCAAUGAUAUCACAGCAAAGAGUGUCACUUUGGGAAUGGUGGUGUGCAACUGGGUUGUCAUCCUGAGUGUCUGCAUCACUGUCCUGUGCGUCUUCGACCCCACAGGCCGGACCUUUGUCAAACUACGCGCCACAAAGCGGAGACAACGCAACCUGAGGACGUACAACCUGAGACACCGCCUGGAAGAAGGACAAGCCAGCAGCUGGACACGAAGGCUCAAGGUUUUCCUUUGCUGCACACGGACAAAAGACUCUCAGUCGGAUGCCUACUCAGAAAUUGCCUACCUUUUUGCUGAGUUCUUCCGAGACCUUGACAUCGUCCCAUCUGACAUCAUUGCAGGCCUGGUUCUUCUGCGCCAACGGCAGCGGGCGAAGCGCAACGCUGUGCUGGAUGAGGCAAACAAUGACAUUUUAGCUUUUCUGUCUGGGAUGCCAGUGACCAGGAACACAAAGUAUUUGGAUCUGAAAAACGCGCAAGAGAUGCAGCGGUACAAAGAGGUGUGUUACUACAUGCUGUUUGCCCUGGCUGCCUAUGGCUGGCCCAUAUACCUGAUGAGGAAGCCCACAUGUGGACUCUGUCGCCUGGCCAGAUCCUGCUCAUGUUGCUGUCUGUGUCCUUCACGUCCCCGCUACGCACCUAGUGUCACCAUCGAGGAGGACAACUGCUGUGGCUGCAAUGCCAUUGCCAUCCGCCGCCACUUCUUGGAUGAGAACAUGACCUCAGUAGACAUUGUCUACACAUCAUGCCAUGAUGCGGUUUAUGAAACACCUUUCUAUGUGGCUGUGGACCAUGAUAAGAAGAAGGUGGUCAUUAGCAUCCGAGGAACUCUGUCUCCAAAAGAUGCCUUGACAGACCUAACUGGGGAUGCAGAGCGCCUUCCAGUUGAGGGUCACCAUGGUACAUGGCUGGGACACAAGGGAAUGGUGCUAUCUGCUGAGUACAUCAAGAAGAAAUUGGAGCAAGAGAUGGUGCUUUCUCAAGCUUUUGGAAGAGACUUAGGGAGAGGAACGAAGCACUAUGGCCUGAUUGUGGUUGGUCAUUCCCUAGGGGCUGGCACAGCUGCCAUCCUGUCCUUCCUCUUGCGUCCACAGUACCCAUCACUCAAGUGCUUUGCCUAUUCUCCCCCAGGUGGGCUGCUGAGUGAGGAUGCCAUGGAGUAUUCAAAAGAGUUUGUGACUGCAGUCGUGCUUGGCAAAGAUCUAGUGCCCAGAAUUGGACUCUCUCAGCUGGAGGGAUUUCGCCGGCAGCUGCUGGAUGUUCUUCAAAGAAGUAACAAACCAAAGUGGCGCAUCAUUGUGGGUGCCACAAAGUGCAUCCCCAAGACAGAGCUCCCUGAAGAGACAGAAGAAAACUCAGUCACAAGUAACCGCCUCUGGACCCACCCCAGUGACCUGACUAUUGCUCUGUCUGCAAGCACACCCCUGUACCCACCAGGCCGCAUCAUCCACGUGGUGCACAAUCACCCUGCAGAGCAGUGCUGUUGCUGUGAGCAAGAGGAUCCCACUUACUUUGCAAUCUGGGGUGACAAUAAGGCAUUCAAUGAAGUGAUCAUCUCGCCGGCGAUGUUGCACGAACACCUCCCAUACGUGGUCAUGGAAGGGCUCAACAAGGUCCUGGAGAAUUACAAUAAGGGGAAAACAGCUUUACUUUCUGCAGCCAAAGUGAUGGUGAGUCCUACAGAAGUGGAUCUCACCCCAGAACUGAUCUUCCAGAGUCAGCCCUUGCCCAGUGGCCCCUCAGUGCAGAUCGGAACUGGAGCCAUAACAGCGGACAGGAGGAACAGCAGUACUAAGAGCAAAUCCCAUUCUGAGAUCAGCUUGGAGGGCUUUUAUGAGACAAAGCCACUUUCCCCUGUGCAGAAAGACCCCGUGGAGCUGCUUCUCCUGGACACAAAGGAACGUCUGUCUGUGGAGCUGCAGGACCGCCGUGCCCCUCUUGCCACCAUGGAGAGCCUCUCAGACAAUGAAUCCCUCUACAGCUUUGAUUCCAGGCGCUCCUCUGGUUUCCGGAGCAUCCGGGGCUCUCCCAGCCUCCAUGCUGUCAUGGAGAAGGAUGAGACACACUGCUUUUAUAUAGACCCUGUUAUCCCUGAGGAAAACCCUUCCCUCAGCUCCCGGACAGAGCUGCUGGCUGCUGACAGCCUCUCCAAGCACUCCCAAGAGACUCAGCCCCCUGACAACGUGCUCAACAGUGGUGGCACUACCCCACAGCGACGCUGCAGUGAGGAGGGAGCCAGCAGUGAGGGGGACCGUGUUUCCUUACCCCCUCGUGAGGAGCUGUCUCUCCAGAAUGGACGUCUCACUGAUGUUCCCAGUCCCCAAGUGUUGGAAUUUGCUGAGUUCAUAGACAGCCUCUUUAAUUUGGAUAGCAAAAGCAGCUCCUUCCAGGACAUCUACUGCAUGAUGGUGUCAGACAGCUCCAGUGACUUUGCAGAGAUGCCCAAAUCUGUCAGUGAUCAAGAGAUCCUGUUGAGGGCACAAUAUGAACCCAACUUAGUCCCUAAGCCCCCGAGGUUGUUUGCAGGCUCAACAGAUCCUUCGUCGGGCAUCUCUGUGUCCCCUUCUUUCCCCCUUAGUUCAUCUGGAGAACUCAUGGACAUCACUCCUACAGGUGUGAGCAGCCAGGAGUGCCUGGCCACUGAGAAAAUCCGGACUUCUACCCCCUCUGGGCAUGUAACCAGCCCUGCCAAGCAGGACGACCUCAUGAUUUCAGCCCUCUAGUUGCAGGGUAAAAGGGGUGCAGCUCUGAGAGCUGAUCCCAUAGGCUGAGUGCUGGGAUAGUACUUGGAGGAGGAGGUGGUCAUGGGGCAGUUCAGAUCAGAGGAGACAGCUGGAGAUGUUCCUUCUGGGGGUGACACAGUGAUGGCACGUUGGUGUCUAUAGAGGAUGGGUUGGGAGAAGCAGCAUUGCCUCACAGGGCCUGCUGCAGGGUUUGAGUCCCUAAAGGUAGAUGCAAGUUCCCUACCUCAGCCUGUCUCUUUGCAUUUCUGAGGCAGAUUCCUUGCCCCAGGGCACCUGCUGAGAUUGGGAGUGACAUAUCCUGCUUCACGGAAUCCUCUGGAGUGAAGGGGUGGAUUCUCUGAAGCUCAAGGAUUGGAUAGAAGUGAGGGGGUCAGACCAGAUUCCCCCCUUUGGUACUAUGUCAGAGGGUUUGGAAAUGAAUGGAUUGAGACUUGGGCACUAUUGCACUACCAGGUUGGAUCUGGCCCAAGAUCCAAUCCAUCCCACUUCCAUAGGGAUUGCUUUUGUAGGACACUCUCCUGUUUUAAAGCCAUUGGGGCUGUAUUCUCCCCACACGCAGUCUCCUCUCCCUGGCCAGGCAGAGCAAGAACAGGGCUGGCACUGUGCUUUCUCUCCCCUGAGUCCUUCUGUGUUCAGUGACCACCAGGCUGCUGCUGAGAGGGAAGGACACUGUUCUUGAAGAGCCCAAGUCCUCUGCCACAUCCCUCUGUGCCAGAAAGAGUUCUCCUGGAUGUCACCACCAUCACUUCUCAGCUCCCUGGACCACUCUGAGCUGGCCACAUUCCUGCAGGACUGACAGGAUCCUCAUCUCAGAGCUGCAUGGAUGGAUCAACUCCGAACAACAACAGGCUUCUCAACACCCAGUGUUAUGUGCCAGGCCCCUGUGGAGCCUGGGAGCCUCUGCUGGGUCCUCACACCACCCAUAUGCCAUAAUCACAGAUCAGUGCCAGCCUCUGUCAUUGGGAGUUCAGGGAAAAGAUGGACUUUUACUAAGUAUUGAAAUCUCUUGUAUGUUUACAGAGCUGCUAAGCUUCUUGGAAGGUAUUUAUUAAGCAAAUAGGGAGGCUUUCCCUCAGCAAAAAGCAUGUUCAUUCUCUCCUUCCUGUGCUUGUUCCCUCUGGGAUCCAAGGGGAGAGAGGAUGGGCAGGUAUGAUUGCAAGUCCUCUGCUUUUCAAGUGGCUCAGAGCCUGGGGGGAAGCAUUGUGCAUCCCUCAGCCACCCUCCCUUGGCUGCCUCUCCAUUGCACACCACCACACUGCAAAGCUUGACCAAGGCACCAGGAGAACUCCCUGAGCACUGCUGUGCAGAACCUCAGGGCCUGGAGGAGCCUCCAAGACCUUUCCAGGCAGGCACUUGCCACUGAUGGGAGCAGGAGAGAAACUACCUAUUGAGAGAGUUUAAACAUACUGUGACCUGUAAAAGGCCUUUCAUUGACACAAAACCUUCAUAUCCAAGCUCUGCAGUUACCAAUCAAUCUCGCUGGAGAUCUGUCCUCCCUCACUGGAAGAGAAAUUCCCAUUUUAGCUUCCUUGUAAUCACAGAGGUAUUUAUGGCCCUCUUUUCCCUUCCUUACUGUGAUCUUUCCACUGUGGGAGGAUGCUGUGCUUCCCAGGCUCAUAGCAAGCCUCUGGGCUUCUGUUAUCCCUAUCCUGUUAUCCCACAGCCUUUAGCUGUGAUCACCGAGUAGUCUCUGGAAGCCCCAGCCAUGAGUCAGGGCUGUUCUGUGCUGAGCACCACACAAACAGAGCACGAGUGGCAUCAAAUGCCAUCAAGUCAGGACUGGAGCACUUUAUUUCCAUCAGUGCACACUGAGGUUAUAACCUCAGGUGCAUGGAAGUGAACUGGACUUUGUGUCCAAGUCCCACACUUUAGCCUGGGAUGCUGUGUUCCUGCUCCUUACACAUUACAGGGCCUUCAGAAGCACAGGGGCUUUGUUAAAUGGGCAGUAAAAUACUGUCCCUGGGGUUUUAAGUUCCAAAGGUGACCUUUUCUCUACUGUCUUGAACUAGAGGGAAGAAACCCCUUUGAAUUCCAAGUAAUUUCUAAAAGUAAAAUGCUUUUAAAAGCAAAAAGAAGUUACUUUUCCUCUUUGUAGAUCCUUCAGGAAAGAGCAGUGUUGUUCCCCUUGCUGAGAGCUUGUUCAGGAGCUCCCCUAGAGCAGUUGUGUAAGUGCCAUCACAUCACCCACUCUUGCAGAGCACAGGGUAAGGCUGACUUGCUUCACACACCCAACACACGCUAUAAAGAUGGUGUCCAGGAAUGCACAUAAUGAACUGGAGUGGUUUUGAGGGGGAAAGGGGAUGUUGUAGCAUAGGGAGGCUGAGGCUAGCAGGCUGGCUUUCCUCCUGAUGCAGACUGCUUAUACAUGUUGCUGAGAGUAGGGGAAAGGAGUUAAUCUCUGCCUUUAAUCAUUGGCAGAAGAUGGGUAGUAAUCACUUAGCACUUAGGCAGAGCUUUAUCUCUGCAAAGCACUUUACGAACACUAAGGAAAGGAUCAUCUCUGGCCCUAGCAGUGAGGUGGAAGGAGAUGGGUAUCUCUGUGACUAGGUUGGAACUACUGGUGCCCUACCAAGGAUGGUGGGGAGAUGCCUCCAAGUGAGGAAGGUGGAUUAGCUCCCUCUGGUGUUUCAGUGAUGACCUGAGGAUGUUUAAUGGGUUAUAAUAUUGCACUAGAAAGUCACUUCUGAGCUUGGGCAAACAUCCACUAUGUCCUGGAAGACACAAAUCCUUGUGUGUGACUCUUUCCUUCUCUGUGCCAUUGGAACUGUGUCCCAAGGGAAUGGACUUACCUUGUCCUGACCAGCUGCAGCAGGAAACAGCCUGGCAUGCUGCGUUAUUUGUGCUCCUCUGUGGUUAUUAGGCUUCUACUGAAAAGCCUGGAAACACCUAAUGCUUGUGACCUGGGCUUGCCAUAGAUCAAGGCAGUAAAGGUGCAAAAGAGCCUUUUUAGUUAAAAGGUAUCACAUUAUGUGUAAUUCUUGGCUUCCUUUGUUCUCUCUUGACAAACAGACCUGUUCCCAAUCACAAGCAAGUCCACGUUCUUGGCAUUAUUUCUGCUUCAGAUGGCUUUGUGUGUCUUCAUUCUCAUCACUCGUUUGCUCUAAGAGCAUUUGGACAGGCUGACCUCCUGUUUCCUCCUGGAAGAGUGUAUCUGGAGAGUUAAACAUGAAGCCUGUAGCUACCUCCUUUGCACUGCACAUGGUUGGCUGCUUUCUCUGCCCUCAAUCCUCUCUGAUGUGCAGCAUCUUUGGAAACGUGAAGUUAUCUUCAGACUUCUUAAUCUCUUGUCUUCUGGUUCCUGCUCUUAAGCUUUGUGCCUUCUAAUCUUUAGAUGUUCCCAUGAUACUUCAAUGGAAUGUUCCACCCCACGUGGAGGCAGUGCUGGAAGUGCUGUUCAUCGUGCCUGACACCCCAGCUAAGCAGCAGCAGUUCAUCAGCUCCGUGCCACAUCCUUAAAAUCUCCUCCAAGAGCUUUUUGGUGUUCAUGGAGAGCAGAGAGUGGACUUUGUGCACCUUAAAGUGAAGUAAGUGAAACCUGCUCCACCAGCACAGCUCUGCUGGAGUCUAGCAGGGUUCUCUGUCCCUCCGUGAUCUCCUGGUGUGGCAAAUCUCAGCUGACUCUCUCCCUGGCACUUGCCAUUGCAUCCUUCUUCAUGAUGCUCUCAACAGACUGUAGUGGAAUGUAAUCCUGAAGCCUUGAAGCAUUCAAGGGCAACAUGGGAGGCCCUUGACUAGGUGCAUGUUGAGCUUCAUCCCACAGCUUAGCAGGGUGAGAGGCAAAUCCUGUGUUCAAAGGCCAGGUUGGACACAGGGGCUUGGAGCAACCUGCUCUAGUGGAAGGUGUCCCUGCCCGUGGCAGGGGGUUGGGACUGGAUGAGCUUUAAGGUCCCUUCCAACCCAAACCAGGCUGGGAUUCUAUGAUUUCCAUGGUUGACAGGAGCCCUUCUGUAUUUCCCUUGGGAAUUGGCUGGGCUGGAGCAAUGCUUGGGACUGGGUUCACUUUGUCCUUAUGUCUGCCCACCGCUGGGAUAUUCUCUUCCCUUGGAGGAUUCUGGCUUUGUAGGAAAGGUAGAGUAGCAUUUGAUUACCAUUGUUUUUAGGUAUGAUGGUUGCAGCUACCCCCUGCAGAGCAUGUUAAGCCACAUAGGUCAGUCAUUUGCUGAUAAAGUGGUUUAUAACUCAUUAAAUGUUACACAGAAAUACUGGCAGACAUUUAAAAUAACCUCUAACUCUCUAGCUAGCAGCUUUGCUGUGUGCUGAAAAGCUCCUUCUGCUUCCCUCCUAUCUAUAGCAUCAUAUUUGUUCCUUUCUGCUCAGACAACUGAAGUCUGAGAUGGCUUUUGCUGACAAUCCUUCCGUGCUGUCAAUGUUCAUCAUCCCUUCUCUUUAAAUUCACUCCACUGAAGCUGGAUUUCUGUGGAGAGCUGUUAUUUCAUUCUGCUGCUGCCAACAGACUCUCACAGAGCUGCUCUGCACUUUAGGAAGCUUAUAGACAAUCUCUGCUAUCCUCCUUCUAGUUGGAAUAGCGUUGGGUGAGUAGAUUUUUCUGCCCUGUGAGGGUGCUGAGGCGCUGGCACAGGGUGCCCAGAGAAGCUGUGGCUGCCCCAUCCCUGGCAGUGUUCAAGGCCAGGUUGGACACAGGGGCUUGGAGCAACCUGCUCUAGUGGAAGGUGUCCCUGCCCGUGGCAGGGGGUUGGAGCUGGAUGAGCUUUAAGGUCCUUUCCAACACAAACCACACUGUGGUUCUUGUUGGAUAAGUGCUCUCUCAUUAGGGUUCUGUAGCAACAGAAGUAAUGAGUUCCAGAAGUAAAGUAAAAGGGAAGUGGGUUGAAUAUUUAACACACUGAACCUGAAAGCUCAGUGUAAUAACCAAGACAGAUUUAACACGGAUGGUUGUUUCUUAGCUGUGAAAUCAUAGAAUGGUUUGGGUCGGAAAGGACCUUAAAGCUCCUCCAGUUCCAACCCCCUGCCAUGGGCAGGGACACCUUCCACUAGAGCAGGUUGCUGUAGUGGGAAGAUGCCAGGUUCUUCCCUGCUUGCAGUGAACCUGGUGCCUCUUCAGCCUCUGUGAGGAAAGGGAAGGUUGGAAAUCCCACAGUACUUUUGCACAGGCUGCUCUGGUGCUCUGAAGGAAUAUUUGGCUCUGAAGCACUGGAAAGCACUGGCUGAAUCAGGCUCGUUGCACAUUCUCCUUGGAGCCUGUGCAGCGCUGAACUGGGAUUUAGGGAAGAGCUGCAUCUCUAGUGCCAAAGCUCCCUCUCAUGGUGCUGCUGUGCGGAGGAGCUGAUGCUCCGUGUCGCAGGCAGAGUGCAUCCUGCUGGAGGCAAACUUUCCUGGCACCUACAGGGAGACUGGGACAGAAGAGAUUGCAGCCAGGUAGUGCAACUUGGGCUGGGAAUUCCUUGCUCCCCAGUCAAAUGCUUAUACUGGUGGUAGGGGUGAAGUGAGAGAUAUGUAAAAUAGCGUAUCACAUCCACUGCUGUCCUUCUCCCUCUUGCCAGCUCCUGAGUGGGCUGUGUCUGCCCUGGUUCCUUCAAAGGAGGAGCCACUGCCCCUUGGAGUGAGAUGUGGCAGGGACAAGCCUGGGGUUUGUGUGCUUCAGGGUUUAUAUUCCAGCUCUGAGAGCCAGGGCCUUCACUGCUAAGAGGGAUGGGUGUAAGACCUCUGGUGGACAGAGCCUGAAACCUAAGCCCUAUUAGUUUGUGAACUCGGUGUUGUUAGAGUGGAGAAGUACUUGAGGAAGGAGGUCCCUGCUGUGUGGAGGGCAGCGUGUUCCAUGUGUGGCAGGACUUCUGCAAACAGCUACACUUCUGCUGUGCUUCUGUCUUUCCCAUCUCCCAACUGUAUCUGCAUCCAGCACCUCCCUGAGAGCUGUUACCCUUGGCAUGGGAGGAUGUUGGUAGCCUAAACUUCGUCUGCUUAAGGGCACACACAUGGAAAUUCAUAACAAUCCAGGAGAGAGCAAUUCCUCCCUUUGCCAUAGGGACUUGCAGUCCUAUAAAGCAUCAUCUGUCUCCAAGCACUUUGCUGUCUGUUCCUGUUGGUUUCUUUUUCGCUUGUUCUCUUGAGUUCAUACCUGUUGUGCCUUUGCUUUCCUUUGGCUUGGGACAGGACAUCAGCCAGCUUCCUUUCUUCUGCAUGUCAUUUCUUCUCUGAGUCUGUGAAAGGGAAUGCAGCGUGGCCAAGGACUGGUUCAGAGUUGCCUUUGCUGCCAGGUUCUCCCUUUCUGCCUCAGAUUCCUGCCUUAGGUCAUAU